AUGAGCAGCAACAUUCCUAAUGGCGUGCCAGCGCCAGGGACAGGUGCUCAGAAGCCGACACCACCGCCAGGCGCCAAUCCUCUGCGCAAACCUCCCGGUCGCGGUUCAAGCAACCCCCUCGUCAGCCGCAAGCGCGUCAUCAAGCGUCCGCCCCCUACCGCGAAUGCUCCCGCAGCCUCCAGCGUUACCAACCUCCCGGGCUCCCUACCCAAGCCCAUCCCGAUCUCGCAGCAGAAACAGCAGAACUUCGACAGCCUCCGCGCCCAGAAUGGCGGCUGGUCUUUCCCCAAGCCUGAAGGAGCAAACGACUAUCCCUUGCGGAUCACGAAGAGAGCGCUCAAGGAAGGGAUGCGCUUCCACAUCAUGCGACUUGUGCCGGCACAGAGAUUCACCAAACCCGAUGAUCCGGGCAUCGACCCUACGAAUCAGAACGAGUUCACCCGGCCAGUCACUCUCCAUCGCCGCGAUCCGCGCCAGCCGCCACCGGGACGUGAGCUUAAGGUCGAACACAUCCCCGAGCCACCGGUGGUGGACGAUGCCGAGGCACAGCGACUGGCCCAGAUCAAAGCCGACAGGGAAGCACAGCGCGCCAUAGACGAUGCGCAGAAGGCCCCAGUCAUUAAGGAGGUCCCUGUUAAAAAGAAAGACCCAAAGAAGGAGAAGAAGCCGCAUACCCAAGUCGCGUGGCAGCCUCGUACCGAACAACAGCGGAAGGAAGGCGAGAUCCGAUACGAGGAAGCGCUGCCAUGGCAUUUGGAAGAUGCGGACGCGCGCAAUGUGUGGGUUGGGCAGUACGAGGCGCCUCUGUCGUAUGCCAAGGUUGCCCUUCUUAUAGAUGGGCAAGGCUUCCGCAUGGUCCCUCUUGAGAAGUGGUAUCGGUUCACGUCCAAGAGAGGCGCGAUCCAAGCCAUGACCGUCGAGGAGGCAGAGAGGGCGAUGGCGAAGCAGGCGCCCAUGACUCGUUGGGCCAUGCGCGAUGCUCAGCGAGAGGCCAAGGAGAAAGCCAUGGCGGAUUCUCGCACGAUCAUGUAUGGGCGUACUGCCGUCAAGCAAGAGAGCGCCUCGUUCAGGAACGCUUCACGGCGCGAGAAGAUGGACCACGACGACAUCGACAUGUCUGGAGAUGAGUUCCAAGAUGACGACGAGACAGCUGGGUACGAGCCAGACCGCGAUGAAGAUACCAAGGACUCAAACGACCGUGUGCGUCGCGAGCAGCUUGGUGCGAACCUGUUUGGCGACGCCAACGAGAAGGAGGUUGAGCGAGAGGAGAAGGAAGAGCUCAAGGAGGAGGAGGAGCGUAAGCGGCUGGGCAAGCAUCUGAAGAAGGCUCUUCGCAAGCGUGACAAGCAAUUUCAGUAUGAUUCUGAUUCGUCUAACGACCGGGACCCGUUCGCAACGUCAUCAAGCGAAUCGGAGUCAGACUCGGAGACGGAGAAGAAGGACGAGGAUAAGAAAGGCGACAAGGAUAAGGCGGCUGCCGCUUCAGGAACCUCGUCCAAGGGCACAAACACUCCACAAGGGAAGAAGAAUGCGGCCGAGGCCGCUAAGAAAGGCAAGUCGCUCAAGCGGCCAGGGUCCCCCAUGGUCUCGGAUUCGAGUGGCACGGAGUCUACACGCAAGAAGACCAAGACAGGCAUCAACUCAUCGCGACCGAGCCGUGGUGGCACACCCAUGCCCGGCAGCCAACGCGGCCGUGGUGGGGCCGGCUCGGGCAGCGAUGGCGAAGGCACUGCAGGUGAGAUGUCUGACGGUGCUGGCGGAAAGAAGAAGCGCAAGGGUCUCCUAGCUGGUGACGCGCGACCUACGCCUGGAGGAUCAAGAGCAGGCAGUCCAGCCGCGGCUGCAAGCCCUGCUGGUGCUUCUGCAACUCCCCGCGCUGGCUCUCCAGCUGCUCCGGCGAAGUCGUGGACGAAUGCGCCGACCUUGGAUGAGAUCUCGGCUGCCCUACCUGCGCGCCCUCAGGGUGUGACCAUCGGCGAGCUUAUGAAGGCGUUUGCUGGUCGGAUCUCGAAGACGGACGGACAGGACGGUCUCAUGCCCAGGAAGGAGUGGCUCCGCCUCGUCAAGCUGAGCUGCGACUUUGGCGAAGACAGGCUCUUGCGACGGAAGGCAUAG